AAGCAUUGAACUGCAAUAGUUGGUGCACCUGUUAAUCGAAACCUGCAAUCGAUAGAAUCGAUACAACUUGUUGUGUUGUAGGAAUGUUGUUGUUGGGUGUUGUGUUGGGUCUGUUGUUGUUGUUGCUGCUGUGCUGUGGACGGUAGCGGUACUUUGUGAUCCGUGUUUGUGAUGUCAGCAUAGACCAAAUUGUCAAAUUUCGUUUUCUAACUGAUGAAUGAAAGCGUAAAUCAUCUACCCGGUGACUCCACUUGAUGAAUGAAUUAGAUUGAAUUAAUAAGCGAAUAAAAAUUGCGCUUCAUAUAGAGUGGGCGGAUCUGAUCAUGAAGUCUUUGUCGAAACAACUGUGAUAGAGGUUAUUAAAAGCUUGUGAUUAAAAUGGAUACUAUACGCGAAUCAACAACCGUAGCCGACACAGGCACUUCCAUUAAUUCUGAUCCCUACACCCGACCAGAGAGAGCUGAAUCAAUUCCUCUGAAAGGUGCUCCUUCAUCUUCAUCAAGUUUUAUAACACGUUUCUGUCAGAACUGUAUGGGCUUUGCUGACGAUGAUGCAGGUGAUGGGCUCAAGUUUAUUAUUGUAACUUUCUUCAUUUUAUCCGUGGCUGUGACAGUCGCCCUAGUGGCACAAAUCUAUCAAGGAGACUUUCAAGUUGUUCCCCAUGGUAGUGUAGCUUCUGACAGUAAGGACUGCGCCUUAAUUGGAACUGAUGUUUUGAAAAAAGGUGGAAAUGCUGUUGAUGCUGCUGUUGCUACCACAUUUUGUAUGGGUGUUGUUAAUCCUCAUAUUACUGGUCUUGGAGGGGGAGGUUUCAUACUGGUCUAUGACCACAGGAGGCAGGAGGUUUUGGAAUCUCUAGAUUUUCGAGAAGCAGCUCCUCAGGCCUUGUCCACCGUUUCCCCUGAGAUGAUUGGUCCCUAUUCUGUUGGGGUUCCUGGUCUUGUUAGUGGGCUUUUUGCUGCCCAUAAAGCUCAUGGGAAACUUAGCUGGCAAGAGGUUGUAAGACCUGCAGCCAAUCUUGCCAAGAGUGGGUUUUUAGUGCCAAGUAGCCUGGUAACAGCAAAAGCUCACUUAAAUCUCCGUAGUGAAAGUAAUGCCAGGCUACAUGAUCUGGUGGAUACACUUGAGGCAGGUCAAAUCUUAAAACUGCCAUCUUUAGCCUAUUCUCUUGAGCUUAUAGCAAGGGAAGGGCCAACUGCCUUCUACAAUGGAAGUAUUGCUCUGGAAAUUUUGUCUGCUGUGCAAGGCAGCUCUCUGACUGAAGCAGAUCUAUUCUCUUAUCAACCAUUGGCGAGAGAAUCUCUUCAUGAGAAUUUUUAUGGUUUUGAUAUAAUUGUACCCGGAGCACCUUCUGGUGGACCUCUGCUGCUUGCCGCCCUUAAAAGUAUUCAAGCUCUCAAUCUUACAAAUAAUAUUGGAGAAGAAUCAACACCCUUGCUUCUGUUCCGACAGGCACAGGCCAUUCAACAGAAUUAUGCUGCUUUUUAUGCUGAGUCAGGUGAUCCAAAUUUUAGUGCAGCAUCCAAUCCAAGUACAGCUACUUCUUCCCUACCAGAGACUGUUGCAUCUCAUGUAGCUGCUGUUGAUCUUAAUGACUUGUAUGUCUCAGUUGUCAGUGGACACAAUUCAUUGUUUGGCUCCCAAAUACUGACAGAGGGAGGUUUUGUACUCAAUAAUGCUUUGGCUAGCUUUGAUGGUUUUACCUCUGGAACCAAAAAGAAUUAUGCUGGAGCUUCUUCUUUCACCAAGCCAUCAUCCAUUACUAGCAACACUAACAACACUACAAAAGUAAUCAAUCUACCUGAAGAUGAUAUUUUGUUGGAUCACCAUACUGAAGCAACAGAAGUGCCUCAUUUAGAUGCCUCUGUAGCUCUUCCCUUGGAGAAAAAGAAUAGUUUUCACCAAUUUGGGGAGAAUCAGGAACCGUCUGUGGUUAAAAGGCAUAAACGAUUUGAAAACUCAGAAUCUGAACCGAGGGCAACAGUGUGGGGCAGCAGUGUGGCAAACAAUGAACUUGUUGGAGGAAAACGUCCCAUUUCUCUUGCGGUACCAGUAGUUGCUAUUGAGAGUGGUCAUAUCUGUGGCCGUCGACUUGUCCUAGGUGGAAGUGAUGCAAGCAUAGUUGCCCAAGUUUUAUCCCAACUCCUGGUUUUGGAUGGCAAUUUUAUUUCAAGCAUUGAAUCACCAAGGGUGCAGUUAAGUGUGUCUGGUUCAAACUUUUCAUUAGAGCAGUCAUAUGCUACAAGCUUAAGUCCUGUCAGGCGUCAGCAACUUGUAGAUCUUGGUUUGCAUAUGCAAUCAGCUACUGUAUUGAAUCCUAGUGUGAAUAUAGUGGAGAAAGCAGGAGAUGUAUUGAAUUCUCAUUCUGACUCUCGCGGAGAUGGUGUAGCAAGUAGAUUUUGACCAAAGAACUUAACUCAUCUUACUCUUUUUCUGGGAAUGUAAGGAGCUUUGUUCUUUAUAAAGGGUCCAAUUGCCUAAAUUUUGUGCUGUUUAAAAUCUUUCCCAACAAUGUGUAAUUUGCUUUUGGAAUGGGUAUUAAUUAUUAAAUCACUAGAUGAAAACAUCUUGGUAAGUUGAAAGCAAGACUGUACAUAAACUAGAAUAAAAUAAGUGUUUUUGGCUAGUAGCAUAACAUCAUUUUUGAUAAGAGAUAUAUUUCAUGUUUGUACGUAACUUGUUAAUACAUUAUUUAUUUAAUUAUUUA